AUGAGUGUCAAUCUGUAUACGGAACUGGAGAAUGUGGGGACGUACAAGGUUUUGCAACUGACGGAGGAGCUGAUCAGAGCAUUCCAGUCGGGGCCGGUGGAGCUCAAAGCGGGCGGAGACGACAGUGAGGUGGUCCUCUGCUCCGCGGACAAGACGUGGGCGGUGCGGCAGAAGAACCACUCGAACACAGUGAUCCUCAUGAAGGAGUUCGCACCAGUGCCCGCAGCAGAGACACAGGUCUCCGCGCGCGGGCCGGUGCAGGGCGAGUGGCUCGGGUAUACGCAGCAGACAUGCGAGCUGGAGCCUCGCGCGACGGCUGGACAAGUGGAUCUGAGCGCGCUGCCGAUCUACAACGGACAACACGUGGGAGACGGGCCGGACGUUGAAACGCUCGUGGAGAACGCCACAUGCUCGCGCGCCGAGUUCUACGCGGCCUGGCGUGCGGCUGGCGGCUGCUCCGUGGGGGGCACUGCCUGCGUUAUCUCCCCGGAUCUGCUGGGGCGUACAUUGCAUCUGGUGCUGGCAACCGCAGUGGCCGACGGCUUUGACCUGGCGUGCGUGGGGCCGGAGCAGAUGUGGGCGUCCAUCGCGCGCUCCAUGGCCGCCGGCGCCCACGGCGCAACACAUCCGUACAGCAGGGAGGUGAUCGAGACGGUGCUGCACCGCUUCGGGCGCGUGGGCAGCGAUGGCGUGAGCUUUGAACUGGAUCUCUCACGAAUUGCCCGGUGGUACGGGGUGCAGGCACUCAAGAAGUUCGCAUCUACAGAGGCCAUUAUGGUCGACGAGUUCAUGAUCAAGUGGCGCUCGCUGUUCCCCGCCUAUUUCCGGUGCGACCUGGACCUCGAGCUGCUGUACGGCGAGUUCGCACGCCCGCAGCACGAGCGCAUACAGUAUCUCUCGCGCAGCACACUGCCUAUGGACAUAAAGGACAGGUUCCAGCAGCUGUUCCGGAUCCAAAAUGCGUGGGACAUCCGCGAGAUCACGCCAUUUAUCGAGGAAUUGAACACCAGAGGUAUCGGGAUGGACAAUUUCGUGCUCAAGUACGCUCGCCGGAAAAAGACGGGCAAGACAAUCGUGGUUAUGCCGCGUUAG